AUGGAUGGGAAGAAAUACUCGAAGUCUCCUGUCAUCUGCAAGGUCGAGGCUUUCUUGAACAUCCAAAAACAAGCGCAACGCUGAUCAGCCGCAGUAGGCGAGCUCUUAAGGGAUUGCUUGGGGAAUUGCUUGGACGCUUUCACCUACAAUCUUGGGGUGUUCUCCAUCACUAAUGCAGAGCUGAAAGGAGCUGUCGACGGGUUGGAGAGAGCCUGGAACAGAGGCCACAAGAAGGUCGAGCUUAAUCUCGACUCAAUGAUGGCGAUUAAUAUCAUCAAAACUGGAGGGAUGAUAAUCACCGCCAUGGGAUACUCGCAACAAAGAUUGGGAACCUCAUUGAACGUGAAUGGUAUGUUGUUAUUAAUCAUGUUUAUAAAGAGAAAAACAGGAUUGCUGAUUUUCUCGCUUCCAAGGGCCACUCAUUACAUUUUGGCGUACGCCAAAUCAGUGAAUGCGAUCCCAGCAUGA